CGUGCUCCAUGGAGGUGUUUGACCCUGCCGAUCUGCCCGAACUGCUUAAGAUUUAUUACCGGAGGCUCUUUCCCUAUGCCCAAUACUACCGCUGGCUCAACUAUGGCGGAGUGAUAAAGAAUUACUUUCAACACCGUGAAUUUUCAUUCACAUUGAAAGAUGAUAUUUACAUUCGCUACCAAUCCUUCAACAACCAGAGUGAGCUGGAAAAAGAGAUGCAGAAAAUGAAUCCAUACAAGAUUGAUAUAGGUGCAGUAUAUUCCCACAGACCCAGUCAACACAGUACAGUGAAGCUGGGCGCUUUCCAGGCUCAGGAAAAAGAGCUGGUGUUUGACAUUGAUAUGACAGACUAUGACGAUGUGAGGAGAUGUUGUAGUUCUGCAGACAUAUGUUCUAAAUGUUGGACCCUUAUGACAAUGGCCAUGCGCAUCAUCGACAGAGCAUUGAAGGAGGACUUUGGAUUUAAGCAUCGUCUCUGGGUAUAUUCCGGAAGGAGAGGCGUUCACUGUUGGGUCUGUGAUGAAUCAGUUAGAAAACUGUCCUCUGCAGUGCGUUCUGGAAUAGUUGAGUAUUUGAGUCUCGUAAAGGGUGGUCCAGACAUUAAAAAGAAAGUUCACCUCAGCGAAAAAAUCCACCCUUUCGUCAGAAGAUCUAUAAAUAUAAUAAUAAGAUACUUUGAAGAAUAUGCCUUGGUUGGUCAAGAUAUUCUUGAAAAUAAAGAAAGCUGGGAUAAGAUUUUAGCCCUUGUUCCUGAAACAAUGCAUGAUGACCUUCAACAAGGCUUCCAGAAGUAUCACAGUUCGCUUCAGCGUUGGGAAUAUUUCAAGAAAGUAGCUGGUAGAUAUCAGAGUAACGUCAAAAAUGACAGAUAUGGACCCUGGUUAGAAUGGGAGAUCAUGCUCCAGUACUGUUUUCCACGGCUGGAUAUCAAUGUUAGCAAAGGAAUCAAUCAUUUGCUGAAGAGCCCUUUUAGUGUUCAUCCUAAAACAGGUCGCAUUUCUGUCCCUAUUGAUUUACAAAAAGUGGAUCAGUUUGAUCCAUUUGCCGUUCCAACUAUAAGCUCCAUCUGCCAUGAAUUGGAUAUCAUUUCCACGAAUGAAGAGGAAAAUGAAGCUGAAUCUGAUGUCAAACGUAGAACCAGAGAUUAUAAGAAGACCGGUCUCGCUCCUUAUGUGAAAGUUUUUGAGGAGUUUCUUGAAAAACUAGAUGAAUCCAGAAAAGGACAACUUCUCAAGAAGAGUGAUUUACAGAAAGAUUUCUGAAGGUAACAACUCCCCUCAAACCAAUACAGAUAUCUUCUUUCUUCAACCAAGGAUCAAAUACUUCAACAGUCAACAAAUAUG